GAUGGCGAAGAAUACGGUGUCUGCCCGCUUCCGGAAAGUAGAUGUGGAUGAAUAUGAUGAGAAUAAGUUCGUGGACGAAGAGGAGGCGGGAGAAGGACAGCAAGGACCCGACGAGGGGGAGGUUGAUAGCGCGAUUAGGGGAGGAAACAUGAUGGGAGCUCUGCAAGCUGCUCUGAAGAACCCACCAAUUAAUACCAAGAAUCAGUCUGCCAAGGACCGAGCUGAGAACCUGGUGCUGAAAGUUCUUAUAUCAUUUAAAGCAAAUGAAAUAGAAAAGGCUGUUCAAUCUUUAGACAAAAAUAGCACGGACCUCUUAAUGAAAUACAUCUACAAGGGCUUUGAGAGUCCGUCUGACAACAGCAGUGCUGUCCUGUUGCAGUGGCAUGAAAAGGCUCUGGCAGUGGCAGGCGUCGGCUCCAUAGUCAGAGUUCUGACUGCAAGAAAGACCGUUUGAACGUUCACGUGUUUGUGACAAGGAAGAGCUGGUUCCAAGACCAAACUCCCGUGCCGCAGCUAAACUGGGGGCAAGCCAACCUUUCGCUGCCACAUUUCUAUUCUUCCUUCUGUUUUUUGCAGCUUUGAUUUUUUUUGAUACAUUUUUUAAACAAAACCAUACAAGUGUGUGCUGUGAGUGCAGUGCUCUGUUGACAGAAGUAUUAAGUUAUCUGCAUUUCAUUACCUGCCCUUAAUGAGCUGGGCUCUUUUGAAUAAUCACCCUUCCCUCAAAAAUAUGUAGACUAAUGGGAAAUAGAAGCACUUGCAGUGCUCUCUUCACCUACAUCUACUGCACCUUCUAACCUCAUUUAUUCAAGGGCAAAAGCACCAACUUGUUCUUAAAUCAGUCAUUGUCAAUUCCUCUGCUUUGCCAUUUCCCACUCGGCUAGGAGCAUACUCUCAGGAGUGGCGUUUUGCAAUCUAAAGCUUUUAUAUCUCUGAACAGAUAUCUCAGAUACAUAUCUUGGAGGAAUCUGGAUUACAUUACAUUACUCCCUCAGGGCCUAAAUGUUUAAAAGGGAUAUUUUGUGCUUGAUGCAGCAGAUGGUGCUUACUAUGCAGCUAUAGCAGCUUUUUUUUCCCAAAUAAAAAAAGAUGACUUUAAUUAACAUCCAUGAACUGUUCGACUUUGCAGCAUUUGUUCAUAUUGCACAACUUACCUCUCAUUGAAAGUACUUACUGACACUGUGCAGCCAAUUGUCAUAUAUCCAAUAAGGGCAUAAUAUUAAGGUUUUGGUAAAGGGUUACCAUUUCAGAAUAUAGCUGCUUUAGUUAAUGAGGGGAAACUCCAUAUGAGGGCUUUAUGACAAUCCAUAAGUAUUCCAAGUGCACAGUAGGCCAUUGGCAACUAGUCCGUUACUACAGAGCUAAUGGAUGAAACGUUGAUUACAGAUGAUCUGGCACCAUUGAUGCAUAUAGUUGCAUUGUAUAGUUUCAGAUCUCCUUCCACUGCAAAGCAUAAUGUGACAUGCAAAAUCAUUAUAGAUGGGAAUUCAAAGGUGGAAAGCGCUCAACAACCAUAUGCCUAAAGGAGUGAGGCCUUAGCCACUUCUGUGCUACUGUCCUGUAACUCUUAAAAGUAUAUUACAGGGCCUUUAGCAAUUAAGCUGUUCAACUUUGGUAUGUUUUUUAUGGAUGAAUAAAAAAAAA